CUCGAACCCAGCAACAUGAAAUUCUUCGCUGUCCUUUCGCUCGCCCUUUUGGCUGUGGCCUCGGCCGAUGUUAGCCAUUUGGCCAACACCUAUCUGCCUCCUCGCUCGGGUGCCGCCUCCACCAGCUACGAGUCCUACCAGGCUGCUCCUGCCGCCGAGACCUACGAGGCACCCGCCGCCGCUUCCACCUAUGAGUCUGAGUCUUACUCUGCUCCAGCUGCCUCCUACACCAGCGAAUCCUAUGCCGCUCCAGCUGCUGCUGAGACCACCUCUUAUGCUGAGACCGCUGCCGAGGAGACCUACGCCCAGCCUGCUGCUUCCUAUGUGGCUCCAGUCGUGAAGACCACCUACUCUGCCCCAGCUGUGUCCAGCUACUCUGCCCCAGCUGUGUCCCACUACUCGGCUCCGGCUGUCUCUACCUACACUGCCCCGGCUGUGACCAAGACCUACUCGGCGCCCGCUGUGGUCAAGAGCUACUCCGCCCCGGCUGUGUCCAGCUACUCGGCUCCCGCUGUUGUGAAGACUUACACCGCUCCCGCUGUCUCCCACUACACUGCUCCGGCUGUGACCAAGACCUACUCGGCUCCAGCUGUGUCCUACUCUGCCCCGGCUGUGGUUAAGACCUACUCUGCCCCAGCUGUGUCCAGCUACUCCGCUCCUGCCGUGUCCCACUACACUGCCCCCGUGGUGGCCAAGACCUACACUGCUCCUGCUGUGGUCAAGAGCUACUCCGCUCCUGCUGUGGUCAAGAGCUACUCCGCUCCCGCUGUGUCCCACUACACUGCUCCUGCUGUUUCUACCUACACUGCCCCCGUGGUGGCCAAGACCUACUCGGCCCCAGCUGUGUCCAGCUACUCCGCACCGGCUGUGGUCAGCAGCUACUCCGGAUCCUCCGCCGGCACCGUGUACGGUUCCAACGGUGGAUACGUCUACUAGAGAGACUGGGAUUCCAAAACGAAACUAAU